GCUGUGCACGGGGACAUAAAAUAUCCAUUAGAGUUACAAUGCAAAAUACUAAAAAACUACAAGCUCUCCGUAAGAAAAAAAUCUGAUCACGUAGAAUGUAGAAGCGAGAGAAGCUUACAAGCGACUUAGCUACGCUAUUAUGUCCUGGCAGGAGUUCGGCACCCCCGAGUAACGACAUAUUGGAGGGUGAGCUGACCUAUAAAAGCAUCUGUUUGAUUUUCUGUUCUCUCAUUUCAGUCGAGAUAUUUGACCAUACCUUUACCACGUCGAGUCGCAACGAGUAAAACUAAGAUAAUAAAUAUCGAUCAGAAGAUAUGAUGUUCAUGCUCGAAAUCUCUUUAAUACUGUCCACGCUUAUACUUACUAGUGAGACAAUCGCCCAAGUAACGGACGACGAGAGCUGCGAAACGUUACAGUCGGAGGUACACAUUACGAAAGACGAGUACGACGAGAUAGGGCGUUUGAGGAGGACAUGCAGCGGGGAUGUAUCCGUCACGAAAUGCGAAGGAUUUUGUAGUUCACAGGUACAACCGAGCGUCGCGAGUACAACAGGUUUCUCAAAAGAAUGCUACUGUUGUCGUGAAAGUUAUUUAAAAGAGAGACAGAUUAUGUUGCACCACUGCUACGAUGCAGAUGGGAUCAAAUUAACGAGCGAAGAGGACGGGAUGAUGGAAAUCAAGAUACGCGAACCGGCCGACUGUAAAUGCAUCAAGUGCCGAGAGAUAUCCCGAUAAAUAUAAUGUAACACGAAACGAACAGUUUAUCGAGACGAUAUUAAAAUGUAUACACAUUGAAACUAUAAAAUAAAGAUUAUAAGAUUUAAAGAACACUG